AUGGGACGAACUUACGUCAACGAAUGUGUUUUCUUCCGAAUGCAAUGUCUCGCGAGGAAAACGAGUGGGCGUAUUUUGUUGAAGGCUCACGAUGGGGAGUGUCUGGAAAAUGAACGCCAACAUGAAGAUUGCGAAGUUGGCUGCUUGUUCAGCAACGACACGGCAGUCUGCGAUGAGCAUGACGUCACUCAUGAAAAUGAAUGCAAGUGA